UCAAUGGAGGCGGGGUUGCUUGUAAUUUAUAAGCCACGAGACGGGACAUCCACCUCUUUAUGUCUGUAGACCUUUUACAUCAUCUUGCUGCUCUUCAACACAUCAGAACCUUGUCAUCACUUAGGUAUUGCUGAAUUCCCGAGAUUUGCAAUAUGACUCUCAAAAUCUUUCUGACAGGCGUUACCGGCUAUAUCGGCGGCGACGCCUUCUAUGCUCUCUACGAGAAGCACCCGGAAUACGAGUACGCCGUCCUCGUGCGCAAUGAAGAGCGCGCCGCUCCCGUGAAAAAAGCGUAUCCCAAGGUUCGCAUUGUACUUGGCGGCCUGGAGGACGCGAGUGUCAUUGAAAAGGAGGCCGCGGCUGCUGAUGUUGUUGUUCACACCGCUGGGUCUGCUGAUGAUGAACCCUCUGCAAAGGCCAUCGCAAAGGGACUGGCAGAGGGCCACACGCCUGAGAAGCCGGGCUUCUGGCUUCACAUUUCAGGCACCGGUAUCCUCCAAUGGUACGACAUGAGAAACAAACGCUACGGCGAGGCCCCCCUCCCAGACCAAGACUACCACGACAUCCGCGACAUUGACCGCCUCCUCUCCCUCCCCGACGACGCCAUCCACCGCGACAUUGACAAGAUUGUCCUCGGCAGCAACUCUUCCAGCGUCCGCACCGCCAUCCUCGGCCCGCCCACAAUCUACGGCCGCGGCCGCGGACCCACGAACCAGCGCUCGAUCCAGGUGCCUUCCCUCGCGCAAGCGACGCUGGAAAAGGGGUUCGCUCCCAUCGUGGCGCCGGGCAAAGCCGAGUGGGACAACGUCCACGUGCACGACCUCUCGCGGCUGUUCGUCACCCUCGUGGAGGCGACGCAGGAUACGUCCAAGAAUGCCGAUCCGGAGAUUCUGGGGCCGCGGGCGUAUUACUUUGUCGAGAGCGGGACGCACGCGUGGAGAGAGGUUGCGGAGUGGAUUGCGGAGGAGGCGCACAGGCAAGGGUACCUCCCGGCGGCGUUGACUAAGGAGGUGACGAUGAAGGAGGUAUUGCAGAGUGAUGGUAAGGCGAAUGCGACGUGGGGGAUGAAUUCUAAGAGUAAGGCAGAGAGGGCGCGCAAGUAUCUUGGGUGGGAGGCGGAGAGUAGGAGUUUGAGGGAGGAUAUUGCUGAUACGGUUGCUUUUGAGGCGAAGAAGUUGGGAAUUGAGCCGAAGGAGAAGAAGCAGUGAAGGAUGUAGCACACUAGCAGUGUGAGUCAAUGUUAUUGGGAUAAUGCUUUCCAAAGAACAAUGUUGAAUCAGAUGGAUGUUUGAUUUCUUCUUGAUUGAUGAUUCCUAUGAAUAGGGGGAAGUUCACCCGUGGAAUAGACGGGAGAUGAGGCAUCUACUCUUCCUCGGCCUCCUCGUGAUCAAUGGCAAAUACAACCGUCAUCUCGACCUCGUUACU